ACAGCCACGACUCGUUCAUUGAGGAUUGGCUCACUCGCUUACUGCGCCAUAUUCGAUGCGAAAUCUCAGCUGCAAUCUGAAUGAAGUCUUGACUUUUGGCCGCAUGGUGGAAGUCAGUUAAAGAACGUUUGGGGCAGAGGAUUCUCAUGCCGCCAUGAGGCUGGAAGUAAUCGUGAUCAUAACAGUAGCUAUAGCUAUCUUAUCCAAGGAGACAGCCUCCUCUGGGUCAGCAAGUUGUGCCCCCGACUCCUUUAACUGUGAGAAAAAUUUUGGGGCAGGGCAUCACUGUAUCCCCCAUGGAUGGGUUUGUGAUGGAGACUUUGACUGUCCAGAUGGAAGAGAUGAGAGGAAUUGCUCUAUGCCACCUACUUGUCCUGCUAACAAAUUUACAUGUAAGGACAAGCUGUGUAUUCCAAAUGGUUGGAAGUGUGAUGGUGAGAGAGACUGUGGAGAUGGCUCAGAUGAAUCAAUAGAAACAUGUCAAACCCACAAACGUGUGUCACCGGGUUAUGCUGGCUCUGGCAUCAUAGAGCUUGCAGAGACAUGUUUGCAGCAUUUAAACUUAUACCAAUGUCCAGGCACAAGUAGAUGUAUAAAUGCCACACAGCUGUGUGAUGGCAUUGCUGAUUGUGAAGAUGCAAUAGAUGAGGGUCCACAUUGUUCUUCCAGAAAAUGCCUCUCAACCUGUAGGCAACCUAAUAUGCUGUGCAAAGAGGCUCACAAGGGCAGUCCGCAAGAGGAAGGGGUCUUCUGUUUUUGCAGGGAAGGGUACUACCUACAGAAUGGAACCUGCGUUGAUUUGAAUGAAUGUCAGUUUGACUUUUACUGUGAUCAGAUCUGUAAGAACACAGAGGGUAACUAUACGUGUGAUUGUGCCAGAGGCUACAGGUUGGAAGGAAGGGGGACUUGCAGGGUUACCAAUAGGGAGCGUGAACCCACCCUUUUGUUCAGUACACAUUAUGGGAUAGAACAGACCUGGACAAAUGGCUCUCAAAGGAUGCUGAGGAAUGUCCCCUACCUAAUCAAUGCAUCUAAAGUUGUAUCUCUGGAUCUGGACCUGAGGAACCAGACUGUUUGUUGGGUCAGGGCUGAUGUGUUGAGUAAUUUAUUUAAUCUCAGGUGUGCCAAAUUAAACCAAGAUCCCUCUGUCACAUGGGAUAUACCCAUGCAGUAUUCCUUGAGUAAUGUGAAACAAGUAGCCAAGGACUCAAUCUCUGGCAAUUGGUACUUUAGUGAUGACAAACGUGCAAUGGUGUUUGUAUGCAAUGCUACUGGAGAGGCAUGUCGAACUAUCAUCAACACUGAAGUGAAGCGACCCAAGGCACUUGCAAUAGACCCCGCCAAAGGGUAUAUUUUUCUUGGAGAAUGGGGAGAGAGGCCAUCCAUUAUAAGAUAUGACAUGACAGGGGAGAAUAGUAAAAUAAUUGUUGACAAGAAAAUAGUCCGUCCACAAGCCAUUGCCAUUGACCACAACCGCCAACAUGUCUUCUGGUGUGACUCCUACCUGAAUGUCAUAGAAAGAAUUGACUAUUCUGGAACUCCUGCCUCUAGGAGGCUUAUUAUUUAUGGGAACAAUGUUGAACAUAUAUUUGGUUUAACAGUAUUUGAAAAUACAAUCUACACUACAAGUCAUCACAACAGGAGCGUCCUGGCAUUUAACAGAGUGAUAAAACUAUGGGAUACAGACAAUAAACCCAAGACAGUUGUGGGUAAUCUUACCAAACCAGGCGUCAUCCGUGUGUAUCAUGAACUCAGCCAACCUGAAGACCCUGGCCAUGACUGCUCAUCCUCUAAUGGUGGUUGCCAACACUUGUGUAUUGUCAAGGGAACAGGGAAGAAACAAUGCAUGUGUAAAGAAGGAUAUCAGUUGCAGCCAGAUGGAAUGAGAUGCAUAUUGAAUAUCUCAUAUCCUUUCAUUCUGUACGCAAAUGGUCAGCAAGGAUUUGUAAAGGGAAUAGAAAUGAAUAGGGGAGGGACAUCCCAGCAGGUCAUUCCCCCAAUUCACAAUCUACACAGACCUAUGUAUGUGGACUUUCAUGCUGCAUCCAAGAAGAUCUACUUCUCUGACCCUAUUGCAUUUAGGAUAGGAAGGCGUGAUGUUGGGAAAACAACUCUUGACUCUUGGUCUGUGAGCAAUAUCAACAAAGUCCAGGGAAUAGCUGUAGAUUGGACAGGAAACAAUAUCUUCUGGGGAGAUGAUGGAAGGAAGGCUAUCAUGGUGGCAAAAAUAGAGAAACCAGAAAUCAACAAGACUUUGGUCUCUGGCAACAUGUCAGCCCUGAGAGAUGUUGUGGUAGAUCCAGUAGAAGGAUUUAUGUUUUGGUCAGAUCUUGUCCAGAACCCCCAGGAUGGAAAAAGGGCCAAGAUAGAGCGUGCCAACAUGGAUGGCAGUGGACGGAAAGUUCUGGUGUCUGACUACAUUCAGUGGUCUAACUCCUUAUUUCUGGAUCGUGUGCAGAAGAAAGUAUACUGGAUAGAUGCUCACUAUGACCGCAUAGAGCGUAUGGAUUAUAAUGGGAACAACAGAGAGUUGAUGGUUGGAGGUCAUAAAGGGAUGAAAUAUCCAUAUGGUCUUGUAGUUCACCAGGAUGAUAUUUACUGGACAGAGUUAUCCACUGGCCAGAUCAAACGAUAUAACAGUGUGGCCAAUGAGACCACUGUGGUGGCUAAUGAUGGGGCGCCAGUAUUUGGAAUGUCUUUGUAUGAUGCCUCCACACAAAAUAGCAGUACGGCUUGCAGUAAUAACAAUGGCGGCUGCUCUCAGUUAUGCCUUGCUGUAAAUGGAGCAGCUCCAACAUGUGCUUGCCAGGAUGGGUUCCAGUUAGCAGCUGAUAAAUCAAAUUGCACAGGCAGUACGGCUUGCAGUAAUAACAAUGGCGGCUGCUCUCAGUUAUGCCUUGCUGUAAAUGGAGCAGCUCCAACAUGUGCUUGCCAGGAUGGGUUCCAGUUAGCAGCUGAUAAAUCAAAUUGCACAGAAAUCCCAGGGUACACCCCUCCCCCACUGUGUAAAGAAGAUCAGUUUCAGUGUCAUAAUGGCCGCUGUAUUCCCAAACAGUGGACGUGUGAUGGUGAAGAUGACUGUGGCGAUGGCUCUGAUGAGAUACGAGAUGCAGGAGGUGUAUGUGCCCAUCAUACAUGUAAAAAGGAAGAAUACCAGUGCUCAGACAACCGUUGCAUAUUCCAGCGGUGGAUGUGUGACGGGGAGGAAGACUGUACGACUGGAGAGGAUGAGAAUAUCGCCAUCUGUCAAAACAUAACAUGUGAGGGAGAUCAUAUGAAAUGUAAUAAAACUGAGCGCUGUAUUCCUCUAACAUGGAGGUGUGACCAUGACAACGACUGCGGAGACAAUUCUGAUGAACCUCCAGAAUGUGCUGAUGAGUACCCAUCUUGUGGGUUGGAGCAGUUCACAUGUGCUAACAAACGCUGCAUCUCCAUGUUGUUUAAGUGUGACAGAGAGAAUGACUGCUCAGAUAAUUCUGAUGAGUGGGACUGUGUUUACCAAUGUGCCAACAACACAGAGUUCCAGUGUAAAAAUGGCAACUGUGUUAACAUGGAGUAUAAGUGUGACAGAGAUGACAACUGCGGAGAUGGCUCAGAUGAAGAAAACUGUCCAACUAUGUCUUCUGGCGUUUGUAACCAUGAAGAUGAGUGGCUAUGUGGUAAUGGCGACUGCAUACCUCGCCACUGGAGAUGUGAUGGGGACGAUGACUGUGGAGAUGGAUCUGAUGAAGAAAACGACUGCAGCAGCAACCAGACCUGUGAUCCACAUUUCAUGAUGUGCCAGAAGGAGCGGAAGUGUAUUCCUCUGGACUGGAAGUGUGAUGGUGAGAGGGACUGUGAGGACAAUUCUGAUGAAAUGAAUUGCACAGUUAAUGUAGUCCGCUGUCCCUAUCCCAGUAGACACUGUAAAGAUAACAGCACUGUCUGUAUCAAGCACACACAACUAUGUGAUGGCAAUGCUGACUGUGCUGAUGAAUCAGAUGAACACUCUUUGUGUGAUGUGGACACAUGUGAAAACAGUCCCUGUUCCCAUGUCUGUUCAAGAGCUCCAGAUGGGUUUGUCUGCUCCUGCCCAGCAAGUAUGAAGAUUAUGCAAAAUAAUGUUACCUGCACAGAUGCAUUUCCCUGUGAGCGUUGGGGUGCCUGCAGUCAAAACUGCACCAAUACCAAAGAUGGAUUCAAGUGCUCUUGUUUUAAAGGCUAUACCUUGGACAGGGAUGGAUGGACUUGUAAACCAUCUGAUAACAAAACUAUGUACAUUAUCUUCUCAAAUCGCCAUGAGAUCAGACGUUUGGACUUGGAUGGACAGAGCUAUGUGUCUCUGGCAUCAGGACUAAGAAACACAAUUGCACUUGACUAUUACUACAAGAACAGCACCAUAUUCUGGACUGAUGUGGUGGAUGAUAAGAUAUAUAAAGGAGUCAUGGUAACCAAUUCUAUUACCCAGAUCGAAGAGAUCGUGAGUGUUGGACUUGCCACAGCAGAGGGCCUGGCUGUAGAUUGGAUUGGUGAAAAUAUAUACUGGGUGGAGAGCAAUCUAGACCAGAUAGAAGUGGCCACCUUGGAGGGAAAGCACAGAUCCACCCUAGUAGCAGGAAAAAUGGAAAGUCCAAGAGCCAUUGCUUUGGAUCCAAGUGUUGGCAUGUUGUUCUGGACUGACUGGGACAACAGCCAGCCUCGUAUAGAGAGCUGUUCUAUGAGUGGGGAGGGCCGGAGAAUUGUGGUCAAUGUAACCAUGGUAUACAGAGGCGCAGGAUGGCCAAAUGGACUGACCCUGGACUAUGACUUGAAGAGGGUGUACUGGAUCGAUGCAAGGUCAGAUUCUAUCAACACUGUGAAGUAUGAUGGUAGUGACUUGAGGGAGGUGCUAAGAGGACAUGACUUUUUAUCUCAUCCAUUUGCUGUCUCCAUUUUUGCCUCCAAAGUUUACUGGACAGACUGGAGAACCAAUGCACUUGUGGAGGCCAACAAAUUUAAUGGCAGCAGUGUCCACGUGAUACAAAGGACUAUCACUCAGCCCUUUGACCUCCACGUUUAUCAUCCUAAGAGACAACCCCAGUUCAAGAAUCCAUGUAGUGACAAUAAUGGCGGUUGUUCACAUCUUUGCCUGUUGAGUUUUAAUGGAACUGUUGGCUGUCUCUGUCCUCAUCUUUACUACUUACAGCCAGACAAGAAGACAUGUAAACCCAAUGGUACAUUCCUACUUUAUGCCCGUCCCAACGAGAUCCGUGGCGUGUAUUUGAACAACCCCGACUAUAACACCAUUCCUGCCUUCACUGUCCCACAUAUCGAGAAGCCAACUGUAGUGGACUUUGACCCUUUAAUGGGCAAGCUGUAUUGGGUUGAAAGUUCUCUGCACCUCAUUAACCGUGCCAACAUAAAUGGGACAGGCAUUGAGACCAUCAUUGAUACAGAUUUGAGAAAUCCUAAUGGUUUUGCUAUAGACUAUGUGUCUGGUAACAUGUUUUUUGGGUCGUACAGUAGCGGCAAUGGAGUUAUAUGGGUGUGCCAGCUUGAUGGGGCAUAUAGACGCAAGCUGAUAGAUAAAAGAAAACAGAUCAAAUCUCUUGCUAUUCAUCCAUAUCAAGGGCAAAUAUUCUGGGCAGAAAGCAUGACCUCGCCUAACUCUCAUGCCAUUUAUGUUGCCAAAAUGGAUGGCAGUGAUGUGCGCCAACUUCUUCCUAAUAACAAGACCAACAUCAAUAUCUCCAAACCUGAAAGUCUAUCUGUGGACCUUGACAACGGGAAGCUUUACUUUAUUAACAAGGGUGUCACACCACCACAGAUAAUUUGGUGUAACUUGGAUGGUUCAGGCUCACAAGUUCUGUCAGAUAAUGCUACCUUGAGUCAAAUUCAAACCUUGAGCAUCCACCACGGUCAGUUGUAUAUUGCCACUAGCUCAUCCAUAGCUGUAAUACACAGGAAUGGAACUCAUGCCAGUGUGGAAACCAUGAGAGAAAAUACUCACAGUGUGACUUCUAUUAAAAUCUAUGAAGAGCAGAAUAAGACAGGCUUCCGUAAGAAUGCAUGCAGUAAGAACAGCAGUGGUUGCGACCAGUUGUGUGUACCUGUCAACAACAACGUGACUGCUGUGUGUUUCUGCACAGCAGGCUUCAAGCUGGGGACGGAUGGCAAGAAAUGCAUUGGUAUCCGAUCAUUCCUGUUGUUUUCCUUGGAGACAGAAAUCCAUGGUAUCUCUCUCGACUUAGUCCCUGCCCCUCAGCAGGCAGCAAUACCACCCAUAUCUAGGGUGGCAGUUGUGGAUGCUGUGGAUUUUUAUGCAGCAAAGAACUACGUGCUUUGGGUGGACAGCAAUUCCAAGACCAUCUCCAGGAUCCGACGCGACCUGACGGGCCGACAGACGCUAGUUUCUGAUGGAAUCAGCUCAGUGGAGGGAUUAGCUGUAGACUGGAUAGCAGAAAACCUGUACUGGACUGACAGUGUACUGGACGUCAUUCACGUGUCCAGACUGAAUGGCUCCUUCAGACGUGUUUUGAUAGCCUCGGAGUUGGACAGGCCUAAAGCCAUUGUGGUUCAUCCAGUUCUUGGGUAUAUGUUUUGGACCGACUGGGGUACCAGGCCAAGAAUUGAGCGAGCAAGGUUGGAUGGCUCAGAGAGAAGAACAAUUAUGAAUCUCACAGAUUUUAUUAAGGAGCCAUAUGGUUUGACCAUAGAUUACGAUGCAGGGAAGUUAUACUGGUGUGACAAAGCCCUUGACGUGAUCUGUAGCAGCAACCUGGAUGGUAGUGAAGCCAAGUACAUUAUCAGGGAAAAUCUUACAGAUCCAACCUCCAUCACCGUGUUUGGGGAUUAUAUCUACUGGACUGAUAAUCCACCUAGCUCCCCCUAUGGAGCAAUAAUGAGAGCUCACAAAAAUGGGUCAGCUCCAAUUAUCAUGUGGAGAAACACAGAUCCCAGGCCUGCUAAACCUACUGAUGUGAAAAUAUAUGACCAAGGAAGACAAACAGGUAACAACACCUGCAGUGUUAAUAAUGGUGGUUGUAAGGAACUGUGUCUGUACAUUGGGAACAACAACAGGACCUGUCACUGUUCACAUGGAAAAGUUACACAGAAUGGAGAGUGUGAAGAAUAUGAAGCCUUCUUGCUGUAUUCCCAAGUGAACAGUAUCCAGUCACUGCAUCUCACAGAGAAAAGCACAAACACACCCAUUCCAGCCAUUGAGAAUGAGCACUCCAUGAAGAAUGUGAUAGGCCUGUCAUUUGACCCCAAAACAAAGACUAUUUUCUUCAGUGACAUUCAGAGUGGAAAUAUUCAAAGUGUUUCUUACAGUGGAUCAGAUUUUAGCGUGAAAGUAGAGAAUGUUGGCUCGGCAGAAGGCCUAGCCUACGACCCUGUGUUCCAGGAACUUUACUGGACCAGUUACACAGACUCCACCAUUAACAGGAUCAGUGUCAGUCCUCUCCGCAUCAGUGCCACCAGGGAGACUGUGGUGAAACUGGGUGUGGAGGACCACCCCAGGGCUCUGGCCAUUGACAGCUGUGACUCGAGAAUGUAUUGGACCAACUGGAAUGAGCGUUCCCCCAGCAUUCAGAGAGCCUAUCUGAUGGGAUAUGACAAGGAGUCCAUCAUUACAACUGACAUCAAGACUCCCAAUGGUCUGGCCAUUGAUCACGGAGCACAAAAACUGUUCUGGUCUGAUGCCAGGCUGGAUAAGAUAGAGAGAUGUAACAUGGAUGGCACUGAGUGUCGGGUUGUCAUAAGCAGUAACCACCACCUCCAGUAUAGCUUUAGUUUGGCAGUGUAUGGGGACUACCUGUACUGGACAGACUGGAUUCUGCGUGCAGUAAUGAGGGCACAGAAGUACGAUGGUUCAGAGCUGACUCCUCUGAAAACCAGCAUCCCUCGUCAGCCCAUGGGUUUAGUUGCCGUAGCCAAUGAUACUAAUGACUGCCAUGCCAACCCUUGUAGAAUGAACAACGGACACUGCCAGCACAUCUGCAAUCCUGAUAUGUAUGCUGUGGUUCAUUGUUCCUGUUUCCCUGGUUAUGAGUUACAGCCAGAUAACAUCACCUGCACUUCUGUGUCCAAGCAGGUGUGUGCGGAAGACAUGUUUGACUGCUCUGAAGGUGUUUGUAUUCCAUUUGAACUCACCUGUGAUGGCAUCAUUAACUGCCCAUUGGGUCAAGAUGAGAACACAACCUAUUGCAGGUAUCGAAAAUGUCCAGCUGGUUUCUUUGGUUGUUUAAACCACCGGUGUGUCAAAAAUGAAACCCAGUGUGAUGGCAAAGAUGACUGUGGAGACAACUCUGAUGAACUUCUGUGUCGUUGCAAGUUGACAGAGUUCCGCUGUGCCAGUGACGACAAGUGUAUCAGUAGCAGUAAGAAGUGCAACUUAAAGAAAGACUGUGAAGACGCUUCUGAUGAAAAGGGCUGUCCCCCUGUUGGAUGUUCAAACUUUACCAUAGACAGUAUAGGUCGCCAGCCACCAGGUCUGAUACCAUGUAAUACAACCACAGCCUGUAUCCUCCCUAGCUGGAAGUGUGAUGGAUAUAAUGACUGCUGGGACAACAGUGAUGAACUGAACUGUCCACCUAUCAGAAAUAAAUGCUCCAACAACAGCUCAGAUUUCCAGUGUUCAAACAGUGGACAUUGCAUCCCUAGCAACUGGAAAUGUGACAGGGAGGACGACUGUGGAGAUAUGUCAGAUGAGAAGAGAUGUAACUACUCAUGUGCAUCCAGUCAGUUUCAGUGCCAUGAUGGGUUCUCCUGUAUCCCUUCAGUCUGGGAGUGUGAUGGUAAUGCUGACUGCCCAGAUGGAUCAGACGAGGCCCAGAACUGCACAAACAGGACCUGUAAAUCAGAUGAAUUUCACUGUCCCAACACUGGCCGCUGUAUUCCUAGAGCAUGGAUGUGCGAUGGUGACCAAGAUUGUGAGGAUGGAUCAGAUGAACACUCAGCAAAUAAUUGCACUGUCGUACUGUGUGAUGUCAAUGAGUUCCAGUGUCAAAAUGAUCGCUGUAUAAAGCAAUCUUUCUACUGUGAUGGUGAUGACGACUGUGGAGACAAUUCAGAUGAGAAUUGUGUCCACCACAACUGCUCAGAAACAGAAUGGCAGUGCAAAAAUAGCAAACAGUGUAUUCCUAAAGAAUAUAAGUGUAACAAGUACUUUGACUGUGGUGACCAAUCAGACGAGGACCCGCGGAUGUGUUCCAAGACGCCCCCUUGUGGAGGAAAUGAUAUGUACAUGUGUGACAACAGUGUGUGCAUCAACAAAACACUGUUGUGCAAUGGGAAGAAUGACUGUGGAGAUUUCUCUGAUGAAUUACCAUGUGGGCUAAAGUGUGUGGAUGGUAGUAACCAGUGCGCUCAGGUUUGUCGCAACAUGACCAUUGCCUAUGAGUGUGAUUGCUACCCAGGAUAUAGACUAGCAAAUGACAAACGGACUUGCAAAGAUAUUGAUGAGUGUAAAACCUCCUAUCCAUGCAGUCACUACUGUAAGAACACUGUGGGCAGCUAUUCCUGCUCCUGUGCCAAGGGAUACACUUUACAGGGAGGCAGAACUUGUCGCCAUAAUGACAAGAUCCAUCAUGCAGUUUUGUUAGUGGCAAACCAUUACUAUAUCCGCCUUGUUUACCCCAACCUGACAAGAACACGUCUGGCAUCCAAUCUGAAGAAUGCUGUUGCUAUUGACUUUGACUGGAAAGAGCAGAUGGUGUACUGGUCUGAUGUCACUGUAAGUGGAAGCAACAUUUCCAAGAUGAGCCUCAAUGGGACGAAUGUGACACAGACCCUUCACAAAUCCACCCUGAAAAACCCAGAUGGAAUAGCGGUAGACUGGGUGGGUCGCAACCUCUACUGGUGUGACAAGACCACAGACACUAUAGAAGUUUCCAAGCUCAAUGGCAUGUACAGGAAGAUACUUAUGAACAAUGGUCUACAGGAGCCUAGGGCUAUCGAGGUGUUCCCUGCCAAGGGGUACCUGUUUUACACUGACUGGGGAGAGGAUGCCCACAUUGGAAGGAUGGGAAUGGAUGGAUCACAAAAAAUUAAAAUUGUGACCACAAAUCUCAGCUGGCCUAAUGCAAUGACAAUUGAUUAUAUAACGGAGACCAUAUUCUGGGCGGAUGCUAGGUUGGAUUAUAUUGCAAUGGCGGAUUUGGAUGGGAAGAAUAUCCGACUUAUUAUUAAUGGAGAGUUACCGCACAUCUUUGCAUUGACGACAUUUGAGGAUUUGAUCUAUUGGACGGACUGGGAGAAAAUGUCUGUGUAUAGUGCCAACAAGUUCUCUGGAGCUAACAUGACUAAUGUGACAAGUUUUGUUCACAGACCCAUGGACAUUCAUAUUCUGCAUCCACUUCGACAGAUUCAUCCUCCAGACUCCGAGAACCCCUGCUACAAAAAUGGUGGCUGCCUAAAUCUCUGCCUGAUAAAGCCUGGUGGUAAAGACAGGACUUGUGCCUGUCCAGAGAACCAUUACCUGGCCUCAGAUAAGAAAACAUGCCUUUCAAACUGUACUAGCUCCCAGUUUACCUGUACAAAUACCUUUAAAUGUAUUCCAUUUUGGUGGAAGUGCGAUAAACAAGAUGACUGUGGAGAUGGGUCAGAUGAACCAGAGGACUGUCCUGAAUACCAUUGUCGCCAGCCUGGUUUGUUCCAAUGCCAUGAUGCUGUUCAUCAGGAGUGUAUAUCUCCUAUGCAGAUUUGUGAUGGAGUGAAGCAGUGUGCAGAUGGCUCUGAUGAAUAUAACUGUGCUGCUUACACGUGUAUGAAGAAUCAGUUUAAGUGUUUGGCAGGGGAGCACUCUCGAUGCAUUCCCAUGAUGCAGCGGUGUGAUGGCAACAAUGACUGCUACGAUGGAGUGGAUGAAAAAGAUUGUCCAAGCCUUACCUGUCGCUCCAACCAAUUCCAGUGUAACAAUGGCAAAUGCAUUCCGUACGUUUGGCGCUGUGACACAGACUAUGACUGCGCUGAUCGUAGUGACGAGCCUGAUAACUGUACCAGUCUAAAGUGUCCUGCUGACUAUAUUAAAUGUAAUUCAACUGGAAGGUGUAUUCCCAGCACUUGGAAAUGUGAUGGAGAUCAUGACUGUGGGAAGAAUGAUACAAGUGAUGAACCUCCUGAUGAAUGUACCAAAGCAUCCUGUGAGCCAACGUACUUCCGUUGUUCAAACAACCGUUGUAUUCCUGGUAGAUGGCGCUGUGAUCAUGACUUUGACUGUGAUGACCAUUCUGAUGAGAAGAAUUGCACAUAUGGAGAGUGCUCAGAGAGUCAGUGGCGUUGUGAUAAUGGUCAGUGUAUCCGGAACUCCAGCAGAUGUGACCAAAUCACCGACUGCACAGAUGGAUCCGAUGAAAAAUGUGGAGCUGAGAAUUGCAAAGAUACUGACUUUCACUGCAGCAAUGGCCCGUGUAUCCCACUCCAGUGGAAAUGUGACAACACCACUGACUGCUCUGAUGGAUCUGAUGAAAUCAAUUGCCCCCAUGCUUGUAAGACAGGAGAGUUUAAGUGUGGGAACACCACGGAGUGCAUUCCGCAGUCCUAUGUGUGUGAUGGUGACAUAGACUGUAGGGACAGCUCAGAUGAAGAGAUUGCUAUGUGCAAAGACCACAGAUGUUUGGAUGGCCGCAUCAGAUGUAACAAUACAAAGUGUAUUAGAGCAUCACUGAAGUGUAAUGGGCGAAAUGAUUGUGGGGACAAUUCUGAUGAGUCAAACUCUGCUUACACGUGUAUGAAGAAUCAGUUUAAGUGUUUGGCAGGGGAGCACUCUCGAUGCAUUCCCAUGAUGCAGCGGUGUGAUGGCAACAAUGACUGCUAUGAUGGAGUGGAUGAAAAAGAUUGUCCAAGCCUUACCUGUCGCUCCAACCAAUUCCAGUGUAACAAUGGCAAAUGCAUUCCGUACGUUUGGCGCUGUGACACAGACUAUGACUGCGCUGAUCGUAGUGACGAGCCUGAUAACUGUACCAGUCUAAAGUGUCCUGCUGACUAUAUUAAAUGUAAUUCAACUGGAAGGUGUAUUCCCAGCACUUGGAAAUGUGAUGGAGAUCAUGACUGUGGGAAGAAUGAUACAAGUGAUGAACCUCCCGAUGAAUGUACCAAAGCAUCCUGUGAGCCAACAUACUUCCGUUGUUCAAACAACCGCUGUAUUCCUGGUAGAUGGCGCUGUGAUCAUGACUUUGAUUGUGAUGACCAUUCUGAUGAGAAGAAUUGCACAUAUGGAGAGUGCUCAGAGAGUCAGUGGCGUUGUGAUAAUGGUCAGUGUAUCCGGAACUCCAGCAGAUGUGACCAAAUCACCGACUGCACAGAUGGAUCGGAUGAAAAAUGUGGAGCUGAGAAUUGCAAAGAUACUGACUUUCACUGCAGCAAUGGCCCGUGUAUCCCACUCCAGUGGAAAUGUGACAACACCACUGACUGCUCUGAUGGAUCUGAUGAAAUCAAUUGCCCCCAUGCUUGUAAGACAGGAGAGUUUAAGUGUGGGAACACCACAGAGUGCAUUCCGCAGUCCUAUGUGUGUGAUGGUGACAUAGACUGUAGGGACAGCUCAGAUGAAGAGAUUGCUAUGUGCAAAGACCACAGAUGUUUGGAUGGCCGCAUCAGAUGUAACAAUACGAAGUGUAUUAGAGCAUCACUGAAGUGUAAUGGGCGAAAUGAUUGUGGGGACAAUUCUGAUGAGUCAAACUGUGACCAGUGUAGGAAUGAUGAGUUCGCAUGUGAAAAUUAUCCCAUGUGUAUCAGCAUGAGAAAAACCUGCGAUGGUUACAAUGACUGCCCAGAUGGGACUGAUGAAGCUUCCCAUCUAUGUAAUGGCAAUUGGACCUGCAAUGGAAACAGCAGUUGUGUAAAUGGUUAUUGCAGUUCUAAAAACAACAGGUGUACUUGCAGUGAUGGUUUUGAGUAUCACAAUGAAACAUUUUGUGUAGAUAAAAAUGAGUGUGAAUUGUGGGGAUUUUGUGACCAGCUGUGCACCAACCUUAUAGGGAACCAUAAAUGUGAAUGUGGGCCAGGCUAUAGAUUUGACCCUGAACUGGGCCACUGCAAGGCUGUUGAUAACCACUAUAUUUUGUUGGCCCUUGAGAAUGCUUUGCUUGCCAUGAACAGCACACUGGUUUACGGGGGCACUCUUGUAUCUGAGAGAUUUCAUCAGACCAGCAAUGCCAGUCGCAUAGAGGCCAUGGACGUGGAUGUAAAAUCAAACAGAGUUUAUUUUGUGACCAGUGAAAUAGUGAAUGGUGCUCCCACACACUUCAUCAGGAGUGCUCCCAUUCCUCGAACAAAUUCUGAAUCAUCAAACCCCAGGGGAAGGAGAGCCACAGUUUCCAAUGUGGGGGAAUUGAAAGUGAAGCUACCAGUUAUAUCUCAACCAAGAGGGCUUGCAGUGGACUGGGUCCAUGGUUUACUCUACUGGACUGAUGCUGCUGCUGGUCACAUACAGGUGGCCCACAUUGCUAACCUUACAGAGGCCAGGGUCACUAAUCUUUCCAAGAGGAAAACGAUCAUCGAUUCCAACCUGGAUCAGCCACACUCCAUUGUUGUGGACCCGACAUCUGGACGGAUCUUCUGGACUGACUGGGGUCUGAAUGCCAAGAUUGAAUCUGCUAACCUGGACGGAAGUGACCGGAAGGUCCUGGUCCAUGAGAAUGUCCUGUGGCCCACGGACCUGGUCAUAGAUUAUGACAACCGCAGACUGUACUGGACAGACCCUAAAGCUAGGACUAUAGAGACUAUCAAUCUCAAUGGUCGGGACAGGCAGAUAGUCAAACAGUUUGCUAAAAGUGAAGACCCACCUUAUUGGAUUGAUGUGUUUGAGAAGGAGCUUUACGUGACAUCAUACAAGAAUCGCUCCAUCAUAACAGUAGAUAAGUUUGGCACUGAUAAUUCCUCUUCUCUUCACUUUCGAGACCAGGGAUUAUAUAUGGGAGGCGUUUUUGUAGUCUACAACUACAAACAGAGAAUAAACACCCAAAAUGCCUGUGCCAAUGUAAAGUGUGGAAACAAUGCCUUGUGUCUCCCCGUCCAUGACAACCUUACUACAUGUGUCUGCCAAGAUGGCGCCUACAAGCCAAAAGACUCCAAGACGUGCCAGCGAAACCCCGACCAGGACAGUUGUGACAACUUCUGUCAAAAUGGAGGCACUUGUAGGAUAACCAUCAAUAAGCAGCCAAAGUGCCAGUGCCCUGCACGGUUUGAAGGCAGCCGUUGUCAAAACGAUAAAUGUGCUGCUUACUGUUACAAUGGUGGCACUUGCUCAUUGUAUAAUGCAACUACCAUUCAUUGCAAGUGUUCAGAGAAAUAUGAGGGUGAGCGCUGUGAGAAGUACAAGUGCACUGACUAUUGUUAUCCUCAGGGAUACUGUGUGGUACAAGAUGGAGGACUUCCUAAAUGUGUAUGCCAGACUGGCUAUGGUGGCCCAAGGUGCCAAGAUCAACAGGACCCCUGUACCAACCACUGCUAUAAUGAUGGGAAAUGCUUUGUAGACCCUUCAGGGAGGCCAUCUUGUGCUUGCAAAACACAGUUUACGGGUAUGAGAUGUGAAAAGUGUAUUAGUAAUCCUAAUCAAUGUGAACCCUCAAGUACCAAGGGUAACGAGAAAGGUUACUGCACCAUAGAGAACAGUCGGACAAAGUGCAAAUGUUUUGAUGGCUACCAAGGCGACCGUUGUCAGUAUACUCUAUGUCAUGACUACUGCAAGAAUAAUGCCUCCUGUCAAAUGAAAACAAGUCACACAGGAUCGUUCGCGGAUUGUACUUGUAACUCCCAUGCCAGAUAUACGGGAACACGGUGUGAAAAUGAUAGAUGUGAUACGUAUUGUAACGGACAAGGGGAGUGUUACACAGAUGACACCACUGUGAAACUCGCAUGUAGAUGUUAUCCUAGUUUCUCUGGGAAGAAAUGUGAACUUAAAGCAAACUGUACCAAUGACUACUGUUUAAAUGGAGGAACAUGUUUACCAGCUCCCUCUCCAGGAGAGCCUGUAUUUUGUCAUUGUGCUGAAGGAUAUAAGGGAAAACGUUGUGAGGAAGCCAAUUCCUGUGAAUAUUUCCUCUGCAAACAUGAUGGCAUUUGUAGAAUGGGAGAUGAUGGACCAGAGUGCAGUUGCUCCCCUGGUUGGAUGAAUAAACACUGUGAUCAGCCGUGGCCCAAGCAGUGUCGGAACCAUUGUUUCAAUGGGGGCACUUGUCUCACCUGUACUAAUGCUACAUGUAACAGUUGCAGGUGCCCAUCUGGCUGGGAUGGUGACAGGUGUGAAAAUAUGGUAGUGGGCAGUAAGUCCGGCACUGCCAUGAGUGCAGUGAAUGUUGUGGUUCCCUUGUGUAUUAUACUUCUGAUUGUGCUUGUAAUCAUAGUAGUGGUGGUGUUCUUGAAAAAGAGGAGGAGAAAUCAGUUCAAGCACCAUCGCAUGGAUGACACAGUUACUAACCCUAUCUAUGUGAGGGAAUAUGAUGAGGAUGAGGAUGGAGUCCAAAUGGAUGCUUUUGAUUUUGAAGAUAAGCCUACCAACUUUGCCAAUCCUAUGUACGAGACAUUAUACCAUAGCGAUGCAUCGUCCUCACAGCAGGACGAAAAACGAAAACUUUUAAAACAGGAAGACCCUGAUCAAGGAUGUCCUACAGGUUUAUCACAUGCCCUGGGCACCACUUGGAGAGUAAAAGAUGAGUGUAGACAGGGGUGCCCAUCUGGCUGGGAUGGUGACAGGUGUGAAAAUAUGGUAGUGGGCAGUAAGUCCAGCAGUGCCAUGAGUGCAGUGAAUAUUGUGGUUCCCUUGUGUAUUAUACUUCUGAUUGUGCUUGUAAUCAUAGUAGUGGUGGUGUUCUUGAAAAAGAGGAGGAGAAAUCAGUUUAAGCACCAUCGCAUGGAUGACACAGUUACUAACCCUAUCUAUGUGAGGGAAUAUGAUGAGGAUGAGGAUGGAGUCCAAAUGGAUGCUUUUGAUUUUGAAGGAGAUAAGCCUACCAACUUUGCCAAUCCUAUGUACGAGACAUUAUACCAUAGCGAUGCAUCGUCCUCACAGCAGGACGAAAAACGAAAACUUUUAAAACAGGAAGACCCUGAUCAAGUUGAAUUCUUUGGAGAUGAUGACAGUUCUCCAUAUCUUACAGAUCACACAACAUUUGCCUGAAAGCAUCAAGUUCUGUGAAAAUGAUAUCUUAUACACAUAUAUGUAUAUAUAAAUUAAGUGUACAACACAGAUUGAUACAGAAGUCCAGACACUGAGAGCUGUUAGUACUUGUGAUCUUGGACUUGAGGAUAAUCAGGGGUCUGCUAGUGCAAUAUAGAAAGCUGUGCAGACAAGAGACAAUACUGAACCCUAUGCAAACAGUAUUCCUUUAAGUGAAUUUUUGAUAUUGACCACCAAUUAGUUAAAAAUGAACAAAAAAAUGCUGUUCAGGUAGACUUCAUGAAAGAAAACUACAAAGUUGACGCUGAUGGCAAUAAGUUCUUCUAUAGUAUUUUCCAUACUCUGCAGUUUAAACAAAGUUAGAUUUAGAAAGUGGUGUGAAAUGUCUCACAGUGAUUGUAUUUGCCCAUGAUCACUAUGCAGCCAAUGCCUGGUGUGGAACAUUCAUUAUUUGUUUGAGAAAUUUCGAACUUGAUUGAAAAAUAUAUCUUUUUUUUACGACUGCAUCCUCCAUCAGCAAACUGGACAGGUUUAAUGUUUUAACUUUUACCCAAAUCCUAACCAUAUGCAUUUUAUUUCUACUUUCUUUGCAUUAAAAACAUUUUAGAUUGCAUUUCAUGUUAUAAUGAAAGUGUGAGCAAUUGCUUUUAACUGGAUUUCUUGGGUGCAUUUAAAAAAUUUCAGGUAGUCUCAGUCUGUUGUGCACUUGUAUAUCCAAGAUUUUAUUUUUUUUUUUUGUUUUGAUCAUUUAUUAAAGGUUAACUUUUCAUCAAAUGAGACUACUUUCCUGUAGAGUUGUAAAUAUAAGGAAGAAAGUGACAGUACUAACUUUUAAAAUGAGUGUUUGAUCAGUGUGCACACUGCCUCUAAUGAAUAUGACAGCUGAGCUGUUUUAUAAUUAUGAAUUCCAUUCUCUGCAUUUUUUAUACAUAAAGAUUUGGGUCCAAUUAAACUUAAACAGUGAUAUGAUACAAGAGGCAGAAUUACUUGUGCUUUUAGUGCAAAGAUGUAGAGAGAAGGUAGACUUUGUAAAAAUGGCCAUUGAGAAUUUAUGCUAAGACGUGUUCCCAAAUGCUCUUCUGUGGUAUGUAUAUUGUUUAUAUUUGUAAAAUAGAGACAAAGGCGAUAGAUGCUAGUUUUGUACAUAAAGGAUUCACAUUGUACAGAUGUACAGAAUAUUAACUACGCGUCUCAUAUAAAAUCAUGUUGUAAUGAAACCAGAGUUUUGCACCUGGUAUUUUCAUGCAAUUUUUUAUACUGGAAAAAGUGCCUGUCCACGAUAGUUUAUAUAUAUAUUGGAUACAAGCUCUUUUAUUGAUAUUUUUUACGAGAAAAAGAUGUCUGUUGUGUUUGUCUUCUUUGUCUUGUUAGUUAUGCUACUGCCCACUCUUUGCAGAUAUUGCUUUUAACUAAGAUUACGUUGAAUUUCUAUGAAGAGUGAUUUUAUAUUAACAGGUGGUGCGGCAUGUGUACCAGCUUGUGAAGUGAGGCUUUUUUUCAGCCCAAUUUUUUUUACCAAAAACAAAUAUUGACAUGAGAGAUUUUUGUGACACAACAAACUAAUUAUUUUAACAAUUUAAUAAGCAUCUAUUAGGAAAUCCAAAAAUAUCUCGCUUUAUUAUAUAAUAGUAGCUAUUCCUGCUUUUUUAAAUUGGAAUGAAUGAAUGAAAAAAUGUCAAUAUUUAGGUGCUAUUUUAAACCUAGUUUUCCAACACAAUUCAAUAAAUUUUUAAAAGUAAA